GGGAGAUUGAACCAUCGGGGUGUAGGAUGUAUUUUGCUGCGAUGCACAACAAUGCUUCUUUGAGGUUUCUAAUGUGGCACGUGGUACAGCAACGCAGCUUCGCGAACGAUCAUGGAGUCUGACGACAAUGACCACAAAAACUAUUACACAAUGAAUGGGUGGAAUGCGACGGUGCUUUAUAACUUCAGUGACUUUGAGCGCGUUUGGUACAAAUUGUCCGGGCCGCCAUUAGUGCUGCAGUGCCUUCCUUACGUCCCGGUCAUACUCUUCGGCACGUUCGGCAACCUGGCCAUUCUUUGCGUUGUUGCCGCAAACAGGGAGAUGAGGAAGCGGACCAACUUCUUCAUUUGUAACAUGGCAGUGGCGGACCUGUUGACGACUGUCGUGUCAUCGUGGCAAGUUCUGGUCACUAACGUCUACCAGUUUUACGUCCUCGGGGGGGUAUUCUGCAGACUGGAGGGACUGUUUCAAGGAACAUUCCUGUUUGCCAGCGUGCUCUCGUUGAUGGUGAUAUCGUUGGACCGUUUGCUCGCUGUGGCGAGGCCCUUUAGCAGAAGAUUGAGUCGAACUUCAGCUGUAACCGUCAUCGGCAUCAUCUGGGUAGUGGCCGUCGCCCUUGCAUCUCCGCUCGUCUUUACUCGGAGACACUAUCGCAGAAUAUGGGCAGAUUUGGUUGAGACAUGGUGCACUGAAGUAAGCACAGCCAUCAGGGUGUACUGGAUAGUUUUGCUUGUACCCCUUUUUUACGCUCCACUGGUGGUCAUAAUAGUUGCGUACUCGAUGAUAUUGUUCAAAAUGGACAAAUUCGAAAAGAUGGUAGCCAACAAGGAACAACCUUCCAAGACCCAAAACAGACGAAAGGUUGUGCGCAUGUUCUUCGUCUAUCUCAUCAACUACUUCUGCUGCUGGUUGCCGUUCCAGGUACUCCUUGUGUACAGGUACCUACGAGGAGGACACACCGAGCUUCCUCCCUGGUUCCCCGAUUACUCCUUCGCCGCGCAUGUGAUGGUGUUCGCCAACAGCGCCAUCAACCCCAUUAUCUACGGCGUCUGCAACCAGAACUUCAAGAGCGCCUUCAAGGACGUCCUGGUGCGCGUGUCGACGCGGUGGCACGCAGCUUACCCAUCUUCCAUGGAACACCUGAGGCUCUUUUCUGUCCUCAGGAGCAACAAAACUGCACCGGCAAUCCCUGAAGCUCCUUAGAGGAUUUAAGUGACGGCGAGAGACAAUGAAACCAUUGUUGAUGCAAAGCCGAGAUGACGUCGGCGGCCAGACGACGGUGUUUGACGAACGCCAAGCUCGUGAAUGUACGGCAGUGCUUACAGAAUUCAUUAAUAAAACAAGAAGGCUCUUUCUUUCGACAACGCGACGUACAAUAGCGAAGUACUGUGCAGUGGUGGAAAAAGGCGACGCAGCCUCUUAAGGGUAGCAGUUAA